CUUAGACUUCCAGCGUCCUACUGCAUAGAGGCAGUGCAAGGAUCAGUAUACACAGUGGCCGUUAGGCCCCACACACAAAGUAAGAUCUCGCCUGACAGUUCAACGUGCAGUGGUCCCGCGGGCCAGACAUGGCACCUCGCUCGGACACAUAUGUUGCUCUUCCAAAUGAAGAUGCGACUGGCGGAGAGACACCUGAAUCGAGCGAGCCCUUGCUCUCGCCAGAAAACGCGUUUCACGGCGGCACGCUCGUACUCCAUAAAGACGGCCGAGGCUAUACCUAUGCAUAUGGUCCGAAGGGCCUCAAGGGGCUGCUGCACAAUUACUAUGCUUUGGGUUGCGCCGUGUUUGUGUCCAUAGGAGGACUGCUCUUCGGUUACGACCAAGGUGUCAUUGCGAAUGUGCUGGUAAUGCGUGACUUCACUGAGAGGUGGCCCAUUGGGGCGUGGGAGAAGGGCGUUAUGACUGCCGUGCUCGAGCUGGGAGCCCUAAUCGGCGCUCUGACAACUGGCAUGCUCGCUGACCGCGUGUCGCGGAGAACGUCAAUACUCAUAGCAUGCAUCACCUUCUGCGUUGGUUCAGCAUUACAGGUUGGCGCACAGAGCCUAUUUCAUCUCACGUUGGGCCGCGCAAUAAGUGGACUCGGUAUCGGUGCGCUAAGCAUGCUAGCGCCACUCUACAUGGCCGAAAUCAGCCCGCCAGAACUCCGGGGUUCGCUCAUGACCAUGGAACAGCUCGCAAUCGUGCUCGGUGCGGUCCUUGGCUUCUGGACUGGCUUCUUCACACGUAACGUUCCUGGAUCCACUUCAUGGAGAAUACCCCUCGGCAUCCAGUUAGGCCCAGGCAUUCUACUAGCGACUGGGUGUCUCUUCCUCCCUCCAUCACCGAGAUUACUCGUCAUGCAAGGCCGCACAGACGAGGCUCUCCACGCACUGGCAAAGCUACGUCGGCGAACACCCGAAGAGAGUGCUACCGACCCUUUGCUUCAGAUUGAGCUGUUAGAGAUGCAGACGGAGGCGAUGCUCAUCUCGCGACAUGUAAACGUUGAUGCCUGUGAAGAAUCUGAGGAAGUUGUUAGGACCAGGUCGUUCGCGACGGAACUGAGGUCCUGGCUGCGCCUCUUCGGAGGGCAGUAUUGGGAGAGGACUGCCAUCGGCAUCAUGAUGAUGUUCUUUCAGCAGUGGAGCGGAAUUAACGCGCUGCUGUACUACGGUCCAACAUUAAUGCGAUCGCUCGGGUUGCAGGGCGAUAGCGCGACGCUGAUGGUAUCGGGUGGCAUUGGGAUCGUGCAGUUCCUGGCUGUGCUCCCUGUCAUCGUCGUCAUCGACCGGAUAGGACGCAGGCCGCUGUUGAGAGGAGGCAGCGCGAUCAUGGCGUUGUCGCACUUCUGCAUCGCUAUCUUGGUUCGGCAAUACGAAGGCGCAUGGGAGGCACAUAGGUUUGCAGCGUGGAUAUGCGUUGGAUGUGUUUAUAUGUUCACCGCGGCCUAUGGCAUGAGCUAUGGUCCGAUAGGGUGGGUGCUUUCUACUGAAGUAUUUCCACUAUCGGUUCGCAGCAAGGGCGUGUCACUUUCGACGGCGUCAAACUGGUUCAACAACUUUCUCAUCGGCCUAGUAACACCAGAGAUCAUGGAGAUCUCACCUUCGGGCACAUUUCUCGUGUUCACCACUGCGUGCUUUUUGGGCUACAUCUGGUCAACCUACGCUGUGCCGGAGACUGCCAACAUUUCUCUCGAGGAGAUGGACGAAGUGUUCAGUUCGUCAGCUGGCCGCGAAGAUGCCGAUCUGAAAGAGCAGAUUGAGCAGGACCUUGGCUUGCAUGACUUGGUUCAACGGUGGGCCGCUCACUGUGCCACUACAUCGUAGUGUCCUAGGCGUAUGUCCACUGCCCUCUGUCGCGGCAUUUGCGGGAUCCUCUAGAAUCAGUCCGUUGAGUAGACAUAUCAUAUUGCUUGGGUAUGGCGAUCAUCUAGGUAGUAAUGUCUUAGAAUAGGUCGUAUAAUGGUUCAAUCGCAUCUCACAUGGAAGG